ACAGACACAUUACGUCACUAAGUGUCCGUGCUUAGCGAUGCUUCACUAUUAAGAACUUUAGGACGUCAGAGGCUGCAAGUGAAGAAUUUACACAUUUAACGAUGUUUAUCAACGUGGAACACGGAGAUGGUAAGACACUGUUGGUGAACCCCGACUGUAAUGCUGUAAUUCUACAGGAUUACGUGAGGAGGUCGUGUGGUAUCAAGUCUACAGUGACAAUCGACUUUAGUGAUGAAAAUGCUGUUCUGACGGAGCUGUUCAGUAAACCCCCACAGGAGAACAUGUUUGAUUUCUUCAUGCCACGCAGCACAUUUGUACUGGUACAGAUUGACCGAGGAGCAGAUGGCAGCAUCUUAAAAGUGACUCCCCUACUUACAGACUGGGAGAAGAAGUACCCUUUCCUGGAGAGGAAGCUGAGACAAAGAGACAAAAAAGCCAAACAAAAUCUUGCAGCAGAGAAAGAUGUCAAAGAAAAGGGGCGUCCGGGUAGUAAAAUGUCUGUUAAGAGUGAUUCUCCAACCUCAACUCCAAGCAAAGUUAAUGUCAAGAACGGGAAGAAUUCAGCUAAGGGAGAUAACCGCACAUUGAGUAUAGCACCGGAUGAAACUGCCCCUCCCAAAAAAACCAGCAGCAAGGGCAGGAAAAAGCAUGCACAUUGAGGGAUUCAACAAUGAAGAACAUUGUCUUUAAUGUGAUCAAACAGAAGAUUUAAUUUACUUUAUAAAAUAAAGUCACAAAUAUUGAAGUUUCA